AUGUAUGCCCUCCUCGCGCCUGCCCUCUUCAUCUCCUUGGUGGCAGCGCAUGGCCAUGUCACGAACAUAGUGGUUAAUGGCGUCUCUUUCGAUGGAUGGGAUAUUGGUAGCUACCCAUACACAGAUUCACCGCCCACGGUGGUAGCUUGGGGUACACCAAACACUGCCAAUGGGUUUAUCGAGCCUGAUGGGUACACGACUUCGGAUAUCAUUUGCCAUAACAAUGCUACCAAUGCCAAAGGGCAUGCAGUUGUAGCUGCAGGUGACAGAGUAUUUCUGCAAUGGACCGACUGGCCCGACUCUCACCACGGACCUGUCAUUGACUACCUUGCCAGCUGCGGCGCAGGCGGUUGCGAGACUGUGGAUAAAAACAAGCUUGAAUUCUUCAAGAUUGAUGGUGUCGGUCUGGUUGACGACAUAACGGUACCCGGGACCUGGGGCGACGACCAGCUUAUUGAUCAAGGCUCGUCAUGGAUGGUUGAAAUUCCCUCGAGCAUCGCAGCGGGCUAUUACGUCUUGAGACAUGAGUUGAUUGCACUCCACAGUGCAGGCACCGAGGGCGGAGCACAGAAUUACCCACAGUGCUUCAAUCUCCAGGUCACUGGCUCAGGCUCAGAUGUACCGGCGGGUGUUCUGGGCACGAAGCUGUAUAGCCCGACGGACCCAGGUAUUCUCGUCAACAUUUACACCUCGUUGUCAACUUAUGUUGCCCCAGGGCCAACCCUCUACAGCGGUGCAGUCUCUAUCACCCAGACUACAUCCGCAAUUACAGCCACAGGCACCCCAGUCACUGGUUCGGGCGCUGUAACGAGUGCAACAAGUGCAACAAGUAUUGAGCCCGUUGCUACUACGACUCCAAUCUCCAAAGCGACCACAACAGUCGCACCCAUCGCCACUGUUCGCCCUACGACUUUAGUGACUAUCUCUGGUAAACCUACUUCGACCGUCGCGACGCACGCAGACACCACUGCGCCAACAGUUGCAACCACCGCAUCUGCCGCUGCAGGUGGGUCACAAGCUGUCUAUCAGCAAUGUGGAGGAAUCAAUUGGAAAGGUGCCACUGCCUGUGCAUCACCAGCGGCGUGCUCUUCGAUGAACCCGUACUACUCUCAGUGCGUGCCGACCGCUGCAUAG